AUGUCUAUCCAAAUCGAGCCCUCCGAGUUGGGCUUCCACCGUCCCUUCGACCAUGAGAAAUGCCAGGUCCUGCGCCUUACCAACACCAACCAAGAAUCUGUGGUAUUCAAGGUCAAAACCACCGCUCCUAAGCAUUACUGUGUGCGCCCUAACUCCGGUCACAUCGAGGCCGGCAAGGCCGUGGAGGUCCAAGUGCUUCUACAGGUCCUGAAGGAUGCACCUGCCCCCGGUGCCAAGUGCAAGGACAAGUUCUUGGUCCAGGCCGUCCCUGUCGCUCCUGGACAGGAACAGGCCAGCGUCACCCAGAUUUUCGAUCAAACCCCCAAGGCCGAAGUUGUUGAGCGCAAGAUUCGAGUGACUUGGCUGGAAGAAGACUCUGGCGACAAGGUUAAUGAUUCCGUUAUUAAUGAAGAACCCCCCGCCUACACCUCCCCCGGGGGAAACUUCGAGACCCCUGCCCCCAAGAAGAGCUCCGUCGACGAAGCCUCCCCCAUUCCUCAGCCCAAUUUCUCCGAGAAGAUCAAGUCCGAACCCUCUCCCCAGCGCGAGACUGCCCCUUCUGCCCUCUCAAGUGCCAAGUCCGCCGUCGCCAAUGCCCUACCCUCUAGUGAUGAACUCAAGGCCCAGCUCGCCGAAGCCAACGCACAGAUUCAGCGUCUCAAGGACCGGCUUGCAGAUCAAGGUCUCCGCCAGCGGAAGACCGGUGCCGAGGUUGGCAAGGCCGCACCUGCCAUCAUGCAGCAGUCACAUGGGCAAACGGAAGCCGGCGUCUCCAUCCAGGUUGUUGCAGGUCUAUGCCUGCUCAGCUUCCUGAUCGCCUACUUCUUCUUCUAA